AUGGCUUCAUUUAGUAGUUUUGACCAGUGUUAUGCGGUAGCAAGUAACCGCAUGAUCCUGCUUCGCCUACAACAAUUGAUAUUACUCGUGUUCGUUACAUACACUAUAGCUCUGGCGACUGUGUGGAGCAACUUACUGCAGUGCAAUAGUUUGUGGACUCUGACAUGUUUGAGCAGCAUUCAUCUUCUGCACAAAGCAUGGUAUCCGGCAGAUCGAGCUAUGAUUACCGCCUUGCAUUGGAAGAUGAUGUCAACGACAUGA